AUGUCCAUUCCCGGUUCAAUGAACUGCAAUAAUGGGAUGAUCAAGUCAGAGAAUGAUUACUACGACUGGGACAAUUAUCAGCCGGAUGGGUAAGUCAAUUUGAAUUAAACUUACCUAGCAGCUCUCCCUAAUGGUCCUAAACGCAAAAUCCGCUAAAUUUUUGGUCUUAUCAAAAAAUAUAGUUCUCUAUAUUGCACUAGAAGGAAGACUUUCGGUCUGAUAGGACCUUCUUAGCAUGCAGAGACAGCCAUUCAUACUGUAGCUCGCUGUUUCAGUUUCUUGUUCGCGUUUGCUCAUUGAAAAGAUAACAUAAGGACGCUGAAAACAUUACUUUUCGAAAUUUUUGAUAUAAAGUAACGCUAAAUAGUAGCAUAUUAUAUCUAUUCGCAUACUAGUGUUUAUGCAGCUAGUUUAGUUGAGAUGCAUUUAGUUAUUAUAUUUGUAGUUUACUUGGCAGUUUAACUUUGUUUUUGCAAUUUUUGAAUGUUACACCAGGCUAGGCCCUCAGUCAGCCCUAGAAGUCCUAUAAUUAGCCGAUAUCCUACCAUAACCGGCCGUUGCAUCCUCAUUAAACCCUAAUCACCUUCGGCAUUUGUUUACAACCCGCUGCAACGAAACGCUUGCACCGGCUGAAUCGUCAAUCUCGCUGCUUAAUAAUUGCAUGCAUCACAUAUUUACAUUGACAUCAGAAAAACAGAAUCGCUUACGCACUUUAAAUUGGAUGAACCUGCAAGCGAAAUUAAGGCGGAUUAGCGGGAUGGGGUGUGUCGCCGAAUGUAUAGUAUGGGGCCAGCGUUUGGCCGAAAAGAUUUUCGCGAACGCUGGAUUAGCGGUUUCUUCUUCGGGCCGCGGUAUUUUGGAUUCUCUUUUUUUUUCGGCCUGGGAGGAAAAUAUUGAAUUCUUGCAGGAGCACGGUGAGCCACGCCCCGCCCGACUACUUUUAUCCGCCGUCGUUUCGCGUGGCCCACCCCCAACCGGUUCAGAGCCUACCGAACGCCGGCACCACGACGGUGGACACUCCGAACAAGUUCGACACUUCUGGAGACAGCGGUCUGAGUAAGUUGUCGUUUAUUUUGGGCUCUGAAGAGUCACUACUACUGAUAAUGUUACAGUAACAUUACAUAAAGUUUAGUAUCAACAAUCAGUUUAGGAAGCUUUAGAUUUGUUUACAAGUUUUCAAGAUACGAUGUGAUAUCAUGCCCUAUAUAAUGAUACACGAUAUGAUAUAACAUAAUAUCAAGUCUUUUCAAUUAGCAAUGAUAAAUAUUUAGUUGGGAUUAGGCAUAAUUAAAUUAGAAUACAGUAUACUCAUUAACACUAAGAAUAUUAUAAUAUUGUUUUACUUACUACUUAAUACAUGCAAAAUUUCAGAUCAAGCCUUCUCACACAGCAAAUACUCUCAACUGAGCGCCUUAACUCCUUCCACGGCGGAUCGUUCCGGCUCUCUUAGCCCACCCUCACCUUCAAAUACAUCGGUCUCGAUUCCCUCGACCUCGUCGGCCAUGUAUCUGCCACCGCAGAUGCAUACACAGCAUCACGAGAUGACCUACACGUCCAGCUCGACCUCACCUCAAAGCGCCGGCUCCAUGGGAUUUGAUCCUAGCGAGAUUUUCGGCUCAACCAAAGUCAGCGAAUCGUCACUGACGCCCUAUACUGACGCAACGAACUGCAAGAAAUCCUCGAACCAUAUCAAACGGCCAAUGAACGCGUUCAUGGUCUGGUCUCAAGCGGAACGUCGGAAAAUCUGCGAACAUCAACCUGACAUGCACAACGCCGAGAUCAGCAAACAGCUCGGAACUCGGUGGAAACAGCUGAGCGAAGAGGAGAAGCGGCCUUUUAUCGAGGAAGCGGAAAGAUUGAGGCAACUGCAUCAAAAAGAAUAUCCGGACUACAAAUAUAAGCCAAGGAAGAAGCCGAAGAAGAAUGUUCCCAGCAUCAAGGACAUGAACUGCAAUGAGGAGCGAGCAAAGACACAAAAACGGUAGGAGUUACUGGCCUUUCUGCCAUUUUUAUUAAAUUUCUGUGAUUUCUGGACAAAAUUCUAGUUCAUUUCGUCGACUUCAAGCCUAAAACAACAUUUUUUCCUACCAAAUUGCCUUCUAAUAUCAUGUAGAUGCUCUAUUACUUCCUGGAAGACGUUGUAAAGGUCUUGAAUUAAGCCUCCUUCCGCAAAAAAUACCUCUCGGGGCUCAAGGUCGUCUUUUAUCCGUCGGAAUUUUUACGGUAAAGCGAACUCCAUUUCGCGGUUGUUUAUCCCGUAUACGACAACAAUUUUUUCUUUCUUUCUCGCCUCACACAUCUCGAUCGAAUCACGGGCGAAGUGGAACGGUUUCGGUUUUCCCUCUUAUGAUUUUCGCAAAAAAAUGUUGUUGUUCCGAGAAAAACGGGUAGCUCGCCGGGAAAAACAUUGCGUCGGUGUUUUCCAGCGAAAUUUAUGAGCAUAAGAAACAAUAAAAUUUGAGGGAAAUGCCCCGCGAAUUGAUCCCUCAGGUCGAUGCGUCAAGACCCGCGAAAAUUAGGUAGAAUGUCAACGAAACGUUGUGAAAUUACACAUCAACCAGCGUCGCAAUACUCCUCAACCUGAUAGAGAACAUCCUACACAGCCAAGCUUUCUUUCAAACAUCAACCCAUCCUUCCCUCCGUUUUCGCAGAAAAAUCUAUAAAAAGCGUUGACCUAUACCUACUAGGAGACGAAAUGAUGCCAUAACCCACGAAACUCCGCGCUAAACGGUGGUAUUUAGCAUGAAUAGACGUAAUACAGGUAUUAUCAUACCUGGAUAAUACCUAAAAGGGCGCUGGAGUUCCAACAAACCAGAUCUCUGAUAUUACACUAGACACGUUCGGAGGAAUACCUAAAACGGGGAGAAGAAAUGUAAAACAAAGCAAUUACCUGGAGGAUAGGAUAAAAAUCCAACGUAGAAAAAAUUUGUGGCCUAAAGUUAAACUAGAAUUGUGGAAAACAUCCAAAAAUGAUAUUAACCAUGAUGCCCUUUCAGGUCCUUGACUCAACAAAUUUCCCUCACCUCCAUCGAGCCCAACAAGCAGUACAAGUGCUUCAUGGGCGAGAACGGGAUGGACGCCAACUUUAUCUACCAACAACAGCAACAACAAGCCUUCUUCCAGUUCAACGACGAAUCCGCGGCCAAGAAGCGCAAGAAUGCAGCUCAAAUGACGCCGCUCAGCAUUGAAAGCCAUCAAAUGCCCACACCGAUCUCAUUGCAACCCCAGCCGCAACCUCAUAUGGCUCAAGCCGGUAAGAAUUUACCCAAAUUUAGCCUUUUUGGCCCAAAAAAUAGGAAAAUGACAUUUUAUACGCUGAAAGCUGUCCGAGAUUUUCCAAAAGCGGAUUGCAUGGUGACAAGAUGGUUUUAAAACCCGUGUGACGGUUUGAAAAUAGCAGAAAAUCAAGGUUUAUUGUUUCAGACUACCAACAUCAGCAGAUGGCCAUGUAUGGACAUGCAUUCCCUUCCCCAACCGAUACUCGCAACGCACCAAACACACCGGAAUCCGGAUUUUACGAUGAUUUCAGCCAUUUUAACACUUCGCUGCACCCGAAUCACAUGAAUGCCAGCAUGACGGCCAAGUACCAAAUGCCCAGCACGCCUGUUUUAAAGGUGAGAGUGGGUUUUUGAUCAAUUAUAUUGUUUCUGAUGAGCUGUUUUCAUUUUGAAAAAAUUCAUAAUUUUUAAUCCUAUACCGAAAAUUUGCAUAAUUUUUCGAAAUUUGCAUAAUUUUGUAAACUUUGCAUAAUUUGUAAAAUUUGCAUAUUCAUUCUAAAAAAACCUUUUUUCAGGAAGAAAUCCGCUCCUCGUCCUCGGGAUCCUCAACAUCUUCCCAAAUCUAUGGCCAGGAAGAGCCUCAAAUCAACUACUACAACAGCAUGAGCUACUACGCCGGCGACUACCAACAACAACCGCAGCAGUACAUGCAGCCGGAAAUGGGCGACCGCGACAACUGGAUGAUGUACCAGGACGGCGCCAAGUUCAACAUGUGGCGUUCUUAG